CAAAGCGUCCGGCCCCGACACGCCACUCCGCGAGGUCACUGCUGCCCUCUACUGAUUGCUUCUCUCCGGGCAAUCUGCUCCAAGUGGAAUGCUAAGCCUGGGAAGCAAAUCCCUCAGUGGGACUUACUUCACGGGGUGUGGAAGGCAGGAAGAGUCGCGGGGCUGGUGGAAGACUGGUAACUGCAAGGUUACCAUGACAUGUGUUGACAGGCUCUCAGCCAAGGGACUUUCCACGCAUCCAAGCCCUCCUCCUAUAGGGUGCCAAACCAGGCUUCUGGCUUUUGUUCCAAAGUUUGACAAGAUUCCUUGGCUGAGUGAGGCCAGCCUGGUAAACAAACCACUGGUCCUGAGCAUCCCCAGAAGGUACCACUCCUCCAUUGUUCUGACUUCAUACAAGAAGGAUAUGUAUUUGCCACACUUGCUUGAAAAUCCAGACUUCAUAUCAAAGGCUAGAAAGAAUGAGCAUGAAAACCUGUCGCCCAGAAACAAGCAACUGUGCUCUACAUGUCGAGAAUAUCAAAAAGUGAAAACGGUACAGCCAAAAAUGUUCAUAAUACCCGACCAUCAGAAACCAUCCUCCCAGAAUUCUGUGAAUCACAGAGAGGUGAGCCUUCAUUCGCAAGUGCAGCAGUUAAACUCCUACAAUGAUAUUCCAACAGAAAGCAUUAGCUACAGACUGCCCAUCAUAGGUCCUAGGACUGCCGUCUUCCACAGGCUGCUGUCAGGUGCCUAUGAAACUCCUCGGGAUACUCAACACUGUGCCUUUCCCAGAAAGAAAGGAAUGAGCAAGACAGUGAAGCAGUAAGUGAGUGGCCAGAGCUCAUUACCCCCAAACACUCAGGGACAAGGCCACCUCUCCAAGCCAGUUUCUGACACUGGUGCCUUCCCCUAAUCGUGUAUCUCCCAAAAGAUGAGUCACUUUUUCCUUCCCAUGUGCUGCUUUUCUAGCUCUUACCACUUCCUCCUAAAGAUAACAUGGUUUACUUUACAUAACUAUAAAGACUUAUUGACUAACAAAGAACAUGCUUAGUGUACCUCAUGUUGUUUUGCUGAAAUUUUUAAUGCAUGUUACAUUAUAA